UUUGACCUGGAAGUGCGCGGUGCGAAGCGGGCGGUGCCGUUUUUCUCCAUCCGGUGUGUCGGAACCUUUUCACGGCAGACGAAGAAUGGAGAGAGUCGCUAACGGCUGUUAGCGUGAAAAACCUCCGCGGCAAGGAGAGCGCAGGAAAGCCUCGCAUGAAUCUCUCCCAGCGCUCGGUUACAUUGGACCGGAGCGGAACACGGGCGGACCCCUGGUCGUGUGGAUUUGUCCCCGUGAAGGUCUCUACCUUCCUUGUGUGACAGAUGUCGAGGCCUAGCAACUGAUCGAGCUGAGAGGGCGAGGUCGGGGAGGCCCGCGGGUUGACAGCUCCAGCUUCUGGCCCAUGAGAGCGACUGUGCCAUCCAGGUGCCACCAGUAACCAGGGCUGUGGCUGCUGCGGUGGGCACGGCCCAGGAGGCCUUUUUUCGUGCGUCACUCGAGGCUCCCGCCGACCAGUGCUGCGGCACGCCAUGGAUCAACAAAGAGAGAAGUAUGGCGAGCGGACGACUAGAAGCACCAAAGCUAACCAGGGAAACCGGAGCGGACACCGACCGUCCGGCUCCUCGAACACCUCCGGCGUUCUCAUGGUGGGACCUAAUUUUCGCGUGGGGAAGAAGAUCGGUUGUGGAAACUUUGGGGAACUGAAGCUCGGUAAAAAUCUCUACACAAAUGAGUAUGUAGCCAUUAAACUGGAACCAGUGAAGUCGAGGGCCCCACAGCUACAUUUGGAGUACCGGUUCUACAAAAGUCUCGGGACCACAGCAGAGGGAGUACCGCAGGUGUUCUACUUCGGCCCCUGUGGGAAGUACAACGCCAUGGUUAUGGAGCUGCUAGGGCCGAGUCUAGAGGAUCUCUUUGACCUUUGCGACAGGACCUUUUCACUGAAGACUGUCUUGAUGAUUGCAAUUCAGCUGAUUUCUCGAAUGGAGUAUGUGCACUCUAAAAAUCUCAUCUACAGAGAUGUCAAGCCUGAAAACUUUCUCAUCGGAAGGCAAGGGAAUAAAAAGGAGCACAUCAUCCACAUCAUUGACUUUGGCCUAGCCAAAGAGUACAUCGACCCCGAGACCAAAAAACACAUUCCAUACCGGGAGCAUAAGAGCCUGACUGGUACUGCCAGAUACAUGUCCAUUAACACACACUUAGGCAAAGAGCAAAGCAGACGAGAUGACCUGGAGGCUUUAGGGCACAUGUUCAUGUAUUUUCUGCGUGGGAGUUUACCUUGGCAAGGACUAAAGGCUGACACAUUGAAAGAAAGAUACCAGAAGAUUGGUGAUACAAAACGAAACACUCCUAUUGAAGUCCUCUGUGAGAAUUUUCCAGAGGAAAUGGCCACCUAUUUGCGGUAUGUAAGGCGGUUAGACUUCUUCGAAAAGCCUGACUACGAAUAUCUGAGGACUCUAUUUACUGAGCUGUUUGAGAGAAAAGGAUACACGUUUGACUAUACUUACGACUGGGUUGGGAGGCAGAUACCCACGGCGGUGGGAUCUGUCCAUAUAGACUCUGGUGCCUCUGCGGUAACAAGAGAGAGCCAUCCUCACAGAGACCGGCCCUCGCAGCACGCGCCGGUUCGAAAUCAGACGGCAGGCUCAGACCGACGAGGAGCAUGGGAGGUGCAGCCCACGCGGCAAGCAAACUCUUCCUAUUUGACCUCCCACCUGGCAGCGGACAGGCACGGGGGCUCAGUACAGGUGGUCAGCUCAACCAACGGCGAGCUGAACGCAGACGACCCUCUGGCUCAAUCCAACACCCCGAUUACACCUCAGGCAGAUGUGGAAGUGGUCGACGAGCCCAACUGCGUGAAAAUGCUCAACCUGUGGUGCUGCUGUUUCUUCAGGCGAAAACGGAAGAAGAACACGCCGCGGCACAAAUGAUGAGCCGGGGACCGGAAACGAAUCGUUCCUCGUGUCCGCUUAAGAGUCGAUUGUGAUUUCAGAAACCUGGAUGGUCCCACUCAGAAUAAAAGAGGGAGUCAACUGAAAGACUCUGAUUGAAUUGUUCUCGGCCAGGACCGCUUUGACGGGGGGAAAAAAGAAAGUAAAACACACACAAAAAAAACAAACAAACCCUGGUUUGUGGAGAUGUACAGGAAACAUGUCUUACGAUGGGAGUUUUUUUUUUAUUUUUUUUCCCCCCACUCCUCUUAAGUUAUGUGGGAUGUUUUACACGUCAGACGGUCCAAGAAUUGUUUUGGGGGGUUUUUUUUCUCCAUGACAGCCAAAAUGUUUUUCUCUCAUCAUUGUUGCCAUAUUUCUUUCUUUCUUUUUUUUCUCUUGUGUUGUUUUUUCUUUUUUUGAGAGAAAGAGAGAGAGAGAGAGGAAGAGACAGGAUCUUCCUGUGGAAUCUCGCCUCCGUCGCACCGUCAGGUCCUAUUGUUUCGACGCGAUUCAUCUCGCCACGCCUCUUCGUUAGUUUGCCGACUUGUUCGCUUUUUUUUAUUUUUUUUUACCUUUUCUGGAUCAUUUCUCGAUGCAGGACAAGCAGCUGAAUACACAAAGGCGAAAAGGAGCAUUGGCAGACUUUCCGGCUCUCGCAGGACGUCCCUUCGUUGAACCGAAACACACUACAGUCCCUCUUUUUACUGUUGGCGAUAAUGAGCAGCGGCCUGAUGUUUCUACCUGAGGCUUGAAGGGGGGAAAAAGAAAAAAACAAACAAAAAAAAAUAAUGCUAUUUAUCACUCUGUUGCUACUACUUUUCCUACACACUGCAUACACACUGAAUGUAUUGACAGAUGAGUGAAAUGACUGGAGCAUUUCUAUUAUCUCUCCAGUGCAUGGGAAGGAAGUCGCAGUUAAGAAGUUUAACAAAAUUAGUUGUUGUUUUUUUUGUUGUUGUCGUUAAAAAGGAGAGAGAAAAAAAACUGACCAAAAACUGAGUUCAGUUCAGAUUAGGAAGGGUCUUCUGGACUUUGUGACCACAACAACAAUCAGACGACGCCACCCUGGAAGGACAGUCACCGCCUCUAAAAACCGCUCUGUCCAAUGCCUUAACCUCCAUCCACCAAACCCGACUGACCGCCGCUUUGGAUAGCAAGUUAACAGCAUGGUCGUGAGAUUUAAAAAAAAAAAAAAACUUUUUAUGUUUGGUUUGUUUGUGUGUGUGUGAUUUCCAAAUGAUUAAACCCAAAGCAAGAGACUGUUUCGCAGCCAUUAAAGGCCGGCCACGGCUUUUCUCUUCUUACCACGGAAAUGUAUUUCCCACCGAAAAGGAAACAAAAAACAAAAACAAAGCCAGAACCGAAGGCGCUCCCCUCCCACCAACGCCACCACCGCCCCUGUGCUGCAAAGAGAUGUUUCGACGUCGGGGCCGCCGCUCGAACCGCGGCUGAGAUGGACAGAAGCUCGACGGCGGAGGAAAUGCCUUGAAACAAAAUCUCACCUUGCCUAUCAUAACAGGAAAAAAAAAACAACAGAAUUUCAUUUGUUUUCAUUCUAUGCUAAUGUGAAUUCUGUCUAAUGCAAUUAUAUUUUUGUUGUUUUCAUUCCAGUUAGCCAUGGUUUUUAUAGGGAAAGUGAUGAGGGGGGGCAAGGGGGUAAACAAAACAAAGCUUGAUUAUUACUGCACUACAUUUGUUUGACCCCAGGCUUUCCCAGAGGAGACCCUGCCUUCUUAAAAAAACAAAACAAACAGAAAAAAAAAAUCCACUUUGAACGUGCUUAUUACUUUAAUUGUAGCUGCCUGGUGUGCUGGUUGGGGAGGCGCAUCCUUAGUUUUGGUGCCACGGCCUCCCUCCACUCAGCCCUCCGUUCCCUCCGCACACAGACAUGUCAGUGUAAGAUGAAGCGACACUCGGUGUAGUGUCCGCUUCAGCGUUUCGUGGACCUGCUCCACUAGAAUGUUGUAGAUGAGUCCGUAUGUAAACCUGCUUCCUAGUUGUAUUUACACUGUACAGCCUGGUUUUUUUUUGUUUUUUGUUUUGUUCUUUUAAGCGCCGCUCCUUUCAACCCGGCGCGCGACUUUCUCCGGGGAGCCUAAGUUAUUGUGUUAUCGAAAGUACUUGAAUAUGUAAAUCUAUAGGAACACUUUUAUUUGUUUGUUUUUCUUUUCUUUCUUUCCUCUUCUUUUUUAUUUUUGCUUCCUUUGUUCGCUGUAACUCCACGUAAAGGAUUUAAUGGGGAAACGAUGGGAGAAGAAGCUAUUUGAAUGACCGAUUAUUCUUUUAUUCGAUCUGAGGUCAGGUCGUCUGCGGCAGCUGGAUCCGUGUCGCUCCAGCUUCCUGGGCUAAAAACAGUUCCGUUUAUCCGAGAUGGAGUAAUCCAGAUUAUUUAGCCUUCUCCACUCCCAGCCCUGGAUUCCCCCGCCGAGUGCCAUUUCCGAGACUACUACUACUAUUACUUCUACUAGCCCAUGCCUUUUCCUGUGCCAGGAAAAUAUCAAGAUGAAUGUUUUCCUUUUUCACUCCACCCCGUGUCCUUGAAUGCGUUGCCUAUCGUUUCUUUCUUCUUUUUUUUUCUUUCUUCUGCAGGCAGCUCGGUGCCAUACCAGGCUGUGUUUUUAACGACUCGUCCCGUCUUAAAAGUCCAAAAAGGAAGGGAGCCAAACCCACCGCCUUGUGGACCCACGCUCACAUUUCCCUGUUGAGUUUGUGACGCAGCAUCUAGUUCUAUAGCUUGUGGCUGAGCUGGUAUAUAUAGCUAUAUUACUCUGGAUUUGUCUUAAAGUGCCACACUCAUUGUGAGCUGUAUCUGCUGCAUGGCAUAUCUUAAUGUUGGAUCCGCGAGACGAUGCAGCUUCCGCUCCUCGCGACCUUUUCUGUCUUUUAUUUCCCCCUUUUUUUUUUUUUUUUUUGCUACACAUUCCAGUUCUUUUCCGACUGUUCAUGUCAGUCACGGUUUAUGGCUUUCGUGUGUAUUUGUGUACGUGUGUAAAUCAAAUCAAAGCAAAUGAGCGCAUGAAUUAUCUUCUUUUGGGGGGUGGGGGGGUUCUCUGGCACUUUCCUCCCCCCCCCCCGCCCCUCGUUGCUGUACUGUAGGGUUGUUUGAUUUACUGUACCUUGUUUUUUUUUUUAGGGAGAGGUGGUAUGUCCUGCAAUAUUGUGCUGAUUAUUUGAACUGUAAAUUGUACAGAGCCUCACAAUUGUAGUCUUUGUUGGGGAAUUUCAAUUAAAAAAAUGAUUUCUGAUUUCUUUUUCUCAGACUGUGGAAAAUCAAAUUGUACAGCUCCAAGAAUCUACCUUUCCCUCUGCGGUUUUUUUUUUUUUCUGUUUUUUUUUUUUUAGAGCUGUGAUUAAGAAAAAUCCUUAAUCUGUAAAUAAAUAAUAUUGUGUUGAAAUAUGAAUGUCACUUCAAAAAAAUUUAUUUGAAUGAGUUAGUCAAGGGCUUCAAGUUUGAAGGACCCACCAUUUCUUCUUUUUAAUGAUUUCAUAUAUUUAAGUUGCAGAAAGGUAAAUGGCCUUUUUAUCUGAGAUGACUGUUUUUUUUCCCUUUGUUUUUCUCGGAUUCAUAUGAAAUGGUGUCUCACACAUGAACCUUCUAAAAAUCACUUUUUUAUUCCCUCCACACCUAAAGGGAAUCUCCAAUUUGCACCCUUUUUAUGUAAAAUAAAAGAUCUGUCCACCUUU